AUGUGGCGUUGCCAAAGACGUUUAUUCGCCAUAAAUGGUCUUAGGAGACAUGGUGACUCAAUGAUUCGAUCCAGAUAUUUUUCUACUAAUAAUAAGCUGCAUAACCAAGAAACAAAAUCAAAUGUAUUACAGAGAGCUCAUGAAUUUAAAUCUGGACAACAACUGUUAGGUUACACUAUAGAAAAGGUUGUUCCUGUCCCAGAACUUUAUUUAGUAUCAGUAAAAUUACGACAUAACAAAACUGGUGCUGAGCAUUUGCACAUUGCUAGAGAUGAUCCAAACAACGUUUUCAGCGUUGGUUUCCGUACGACACCAAUGGAUAAUACGGGUGUUUCUCAUAUCCUGGAGCAUACAACCUUGUGUGGUUCAGAGAAGUUUCCUUGCCGAGAUCCAUUCUUUUCAAUGCUUACAAGAUCAUUGUCCACUUUUAUGAACGCUUGGACAGCAAGUGAUUAUACGAUGUAUCCAUUCUCUUCUCAAAAUCCCAAAGAUUUCAAGAACUUGCUUUCUGUGUAUCUUGAUGCUGUGUUCUUUCCGAGACUUGCCGAACUGGAUUUCUGGCAAGAGGGUUGGCGCCUUGAGCACGAAGACGUGAACGAUCCCCAAUCGCCUCUGACAUUCAAAGGGGUCGUAUUCAAUGAAAUGAAAGGUGCUAUGUCUAAUCCAGAGAUGCUUUAUGCUCGCAAUCUUCAAAGUUCGCUUCUUCCUCAUCACACGUACGGUUUCAACAGCGGUGGAGAACCAAUCAAUAUUCCAGAUUUAACGUGGGAUCAUCUGAAGCAGUUUCAUGCCAGCCACUAUCAUCCCAGUAAUUCAAGGUUCUACACGUACGGUGAUAUACCACUGGAAAAUCAGUUGGAGGCAAUCGAAGAACUUGGUUUGUCUCGUUUUGAUCAACUUCAGGUUGAUACAGAAAUCCCGCAAGAACCUCGUUGGAAAGAUCCGCGAACUGUGAGUAUAACAUGUGCUCCUGAUCCUCUGGCACCAGACCCGGAGAAACAGACAACGACCAGUGUGAGCUACCUUUUAGAUGGCAAUGUUGAUGCAUUCGAAGGUCUGACAAACAGUAUCGUAUCGUCACUGCUGGUUGAUGGACCAACAUCUCCGUUUUAUCAAGCUUUAAUUGAGCCAAAUAUUGGGUCUGAUUAUUCACCGGCCACUGGUUUUGACUCCAGCACAAGGGAUAGUUCAUUCUCUGUUGGCUUGCAAGGUAUUCACAAAGAUCGUGUCGAAGAGGUUUGGAAUAUCGUGGAACAAACAUUCAAGAACGUUGUCGAAACUGGCUUUGAAGAAGAGAGAAUCGAUGCUAUCCUUCACCGAAUUCAGUUAUCGCAGAAACACCAGAGCAGUAAUUUUGGUCUGAAUCUUAUCGCGAAUUUAAUGUCUUCCUGGAACCAUGGCGGUGAUCCCACAGAAUUUCUACAAAUCAACAGAAAUGUGGAUCGAUUUACGGAGUCAAUCAAGUCCGAGCGAUUCUUGCAAGGCAAAGUUGCCAAAGACUUUCAAGAGAAUACUCAUCGACUUUACAUGACCAUGAACCCUGAUGAAAAGUACGAAGAAAAUCUCUCCCAAGAUGAGGCGAGAAAGUUGGGGAACAUGACCUCGAAGUUAUCUAACGAGGAUAAAGCGAUGAUCGCCGAUAAAGGUCUUGAACUUGCCAGUCGCCAGAAUGCAGUGCAGGACACGUCAUGUCUACCAUCGCUCAAUAUCUCAGACAUUGAUCCCAAAAUCAAACCUGUCACCGUGGAUGAUGUUAUGCUAGGUGGCGUUCCAGUGUACUAUUGCGUUCAGCCUACCAAUGGUUUAUCAUAUUUCAAUGGAAUAUCAAGUAUCACGUUAGUUGCUGACGAAGUCAAGCCUUAUUUGCCGCUGUUUUGUCACGUCAUAACAAAAAUGGGUGCAGGCAAUAUGGACCACCGCCACAUGGCGCAGUUGAUCAAACGAAGGACGGGAGGUCUCUCUGUUUCACCCCACAUCGUGUCACACCACACUGAACCCAGCACGUACAAUCAGGGUGUGUUAUUUUCAUCAUAUUGUCUCGAUGAAAAUCUGCCUCGUAUGUUUAAUAUCUGGUUAGAAAUAUUCACAAGUCCUACGCUGAGCAACACAGAACGUCUGCGUACAUUGGUGAAUGGCCUCGCUUCUGAUCUCGCUAUGUCAAUUGUUGACUCUGGUCAUAGCUAUGCAGUUGGCUUGGCAUCCAGCUCUCUCACUCCAGCUUCGCGGUUGAAUGAAAUCCUUGGCGGGCUGAAUCAGGUGGAGUUUAUGAAAAACGUUGCAGAGCUUGAUGACUUAGAGGACGUUACCAAUAAGAUGAUUAAAAUAGCAGCUCAUGUUUUAGAGAAUACUGCUUUCAGAUGUUCUUUAACGAUGACUGAAGAAGCUGCAGAUGAAGCUACUGAUUCUCUUGAAGGUUUCCUGGAGGACUUACCUGGUACUCGGGCUGAUCUGCCUGCUGAAGUGGACGAUCCUAACUUCAUGCCACAUCAAGUGAAAAGUUUCUUUGAGAUUCCUUCUCCAGUGAAUUUUGUCGCCAAAGCGAUUCGUGCUGUACCUUUCUGCCACGAGGAUUACCCGAAGUUGCAGAUUCUUUCAAGAUUGUUGUCUAGUAAGUUUUUGCAUAGGGAAAUCAGAGAGAAAGGCGGAGCGUAUGGAUCUGGAGCUAAGAUUGGUGGAAAUGUCUUUUCAUUCUUCUCGUAUAGAGAUCCAAAUUCGUUUGAAACAUUGGACGUCUUUGAUCGGUCUGCAUCUUGGGCGAGUUCAGGCAAGUUCACAGAUCAAGAUAUCGUUGAAGCUAAACUCUCAGUUUUCUCACAAGUUGAUAGUCCAGUCCCUCCUCCGUCCAAAGGGAUGACGUUAUUCAAACAUGGGAUCACAGAUGAGAUGCGUCAAAUACAUCGCGAUCGUUUGUUCGCCGUUGGCCGCGAUGAUCUCGUCGAUGUUGCCAGCAGAUAUUUAUCAGACUCUGAACGAAUGAGUUCCGUCGCAAUUCUCGGACCUCGUAACGAAAAACUGACGGAAGACACUUCAUGGACCAUCUUAAAAGGCUAGGAACGGAUCUGGAUUAUGAUUCUAUGAGAAGGAAGAUUGUAACAUUGGUCUUUUCAUUGGGUUUAACUAUCCUCAACACGUUCAUCAGUGGUCCAGUGACGAAGGUUUGCCGUGGAUAUGGUAGGAUUUAAACAAUUCAUAUUUAUUUAAUGCAAAAACGAUUGUAAAAGAGCGAAAAACAAAUUCGUGAUAGGGCGUUAUUUAUAAUCGCGUAAAAAACUCGCUGCAAAACUCCAGGACAAUCUAUAACGACUUUAAAUUUGUAAACGAUACGCGAUUAUUAUCACAGUUUGGCAAAGGGCGAAUAAUUUUUUUCAAUCGUAGAGUUAUAUAACUUUGACAAAUAAUAUUGACGUUUUCAACUAGUUCGCUGUUGUUAUUAAAAGCGACUGCAUACUAUAGCGGUUAAUUAAACAAGACACGUCUAUCAAGGUUAAAAAAGUAUUUGCGUAGAGUAGGAGUUGUGAGAAUUCGUACUGCAUGCAUGUCAGUUUCUUGUAUAAACGGAAAGUAAACAUUCUGGGUCUCUAUAUUUAGACUAGUUUGAAUAAUAAACCUGGUAUACAUCAGGGGCUAUAUCUCAGGAGUCACGUCUCAUUUCAAUCAUACGUGCUGGUUAGUAUAAUGAAAAAGAAAUUAAACGUGUACAUGAAGCACUAACAGCUGUUCCGACUGUUUUGCAACGAAAAGUUAUCGUCGUUCAAUUCAUUCGCCUUUCCCACCGUAUGAACUUAUCGGCAAAAAAAUGAGGAUGUUUUCGUAUCAUAUAGCGCCUCGAGGUUGUAGUGAGGUUUAUAUAUUUUUAUCUAUUUUGAAAGACUAGGUUUAUAUUUUUAGUAAAUUAAUUAUACAUGAGAAUUAUCGAAUUAACGCGAUUAAAACCACUCUUACAUAAUAAUAUAUAUUUGUAUGAAAAAACUAACUAAACUUUUAAAACAAAUAAAUAAUGCUAUAUCAGCUGUAA